ACUGGUCUUAACCUAUCUAAUUUAGCAUAAGUUAACCAAAAACAAAUGUGAUUGCGUUGUUUUAGUGCGGCGUGUUUGGGUAUCGAAAAAGCGCGUGAGAUGGAAGAAGAAGAAGGUGUUCCGGUCGAAGCAGGCACCUCCGACGGCGCAGUGAGUCGAGCACGGAAGCUUCUGUUCCGGAGGAUUCUGGUAGGGAUCAAAGACGGAAGGUUCUUCCUUGGCUCCUUCUACUGCAUCGACAAGCAAGGCAACAUCAUCCUCCAAGACGCCGUUGAGUAUCGCAGCACUCGCCAAUCCUCGCCUUCUCCCAUGGAGCAGAGGUGCCUCGGCCUUAUUCUCAUUCCUUCCUCCUGUCGCACCUCUUGCCACGUCGAUUGCUCUCUCCAGGAACACUUCUCCCUCCUUUCUCUCCGCCCUAGCUAGGUUUUCCUUUCUUCCUCUUCAAUUGUUGCUUUCGACUUGUGUCUUGUGUUCUGUAAUUGGAUCUGAAUUUCCUUUGUUGAAUUGCGAAUGUAAGAAAUUGUGGAGAAAUGUACCGAUUGAAGUGUAUGCUCUAUUCUUCGGAUGGAGAAUUUUGGAUUUUUGUGUUUUGAGGUCAAUACACUUCCUACUAGAGGCUUAAAUAUAAUUUGAGUUAAUUCA